AUGUCCAACACCACCGAGGAGGACCAGACCCACCUUCUACUCAAGAAACGCGCCACCCUCACGGCAGCCCUCCAGAGCGAACCGUACGAUUUGAUUACCUACAUCCAACGCGCGCAGGUCCAUGCUGAUCUGGGAUAUCCUGAUCUUGCGGUCGGCGAUUAUUACCGUGCGCUGCUGCUGACGGAUGAGGUUGCGAAUGAGGGGUUUGAGUACCAUGAGCAAGCGGUUGAGGCGCUGAGGGAGCAGUGUAGGAGUGGAGAGGGAAAUGGAGAGGGAGAGGCAUGGCAGGUUCCCGAGAUGUUGAAGUGGAAGGGGGAUUAUAAGGAUCGGUCUGAGGGGUUGGGUGAGAUGCCGAAGUCGGGCGAUAUCAAUGGCGGGUUUACAAAUGGAGAGGAGUCCUCGGAAGCGGGGAGUAAGGAGGAGGGGAGGAGGGAGUUGAUUGUCAGGCUUGCGUCGAUAAAAUGUUAUCGUGGGUUGGCUUUGAAUUUAUUGCUCUGUGGAUGUUUGAAGAGCGCUUACGAUUUUUGUUUACGAGGGCUGGCUAUUGCGAAAGACGAUGGGUAUUGGAAGCAUAGGAAGGAUUAUAUUUUGCUCAUGGCGAAGAGGAGAUUGAAGGUGGAUGAAGUUGAUAUCAGCUCGUUGCCGGAUCAGGGAGUUGUUCGUCGCGAGGCAUAUCCAUGGAAUACGCACGAACCCGAUCGCUUUUCCCAAGAGUCUCUAGAUACGCUGAGUAAGGAAUUGUCGGUUUGUGCCCCAAAAUUGGAAGUAAGGGUUACGGAAUUGCCAAUUCUUCUCGAGGCAUACAAGGAGAGCGAUAACUUCGGAAUCACACCAACUAUUAAACAACUCGGUCUCUUUGCAAAAGAGGAUAUAGAACCUGGCGAGGAAAUCCUCCAUGAAAUUUCUCUUCUUGCUGCAAAUAAUCUGCUAAAAGAAUCCCUCUGUGACGCAUGCAGCUCCUCCCUACCUGGAUUAUCAAUGGAUAGCGAGGUAGUAGCAUGUCCAGACUGCGACGACAUCAUGUUUUGCAACCAAGAAUGUCUCUCGUUAGCCCAAGAAUCCUACCACCCAGCCGUCUGCGACAAAGACCUCGACACCAUAGCAAAGGACCCCGACCCAGCCGAAAAGCCCUUCGCACUCUACCUCCUCCUCCUCGGGCGAGCCCUCGCCAUGUCCGAAACCCAAUCCAUACAUCCCCUUGACCUCAAAGAGGUGAAAUACAUAUGGGGCGAUUUCCUACCUAGUUCCGUCAACGCGGUCCCAUUAUCUCCCUCCUCUGAACCCCCGCCUAUCUGGACCCUCCCCUUUUCCUUUGCAGGCAAUGUCUCAGGACCACUGCAUCUUCUCGAGAAAAUGGAGAUCGACGUCUUCGCCUCCAUCGACUCAUACGAUCUCUGGAUCUUCAACACGCUGUACGCGAAGUUCCGGGGCACGGCAUCCGCGAGGGUCAAUAAGAAAACGGGACAUCCUGAGGUGGCGGCUGUGCAUCCGCUUUGGUGUCUUGCGAAUCACGAUUGUGAUCCGAAUGUGUCGUGGGAAUGGGGGGCGCGUAUGAAGUUCUGGUGUCGAACGGCACGGAUUGGUGGUAAGAAGGGGGGGGUGAGGAAGGGAGAGGAGAUCUUGAAUCAUUAUACGGAUGUGGAGCUGAAGGUUAAGGAGAGGAGGGAGUGGGCGUUGGGUAGUUUGGGGGGGUUUUGUAUGUGUGACCGGUGUAAGAGGGAGGCGGGAGAUUUUGGUGGAUGGGGUUCGAUGAUGGGGGAUAUAGAUGGGAUUUGUGGUACUGUAUAG